AGCCGAAUGAAAAAAGAAAACGGCAUUGAGAAUGUCUUACCAGACUUUACAUGACGAAGGGAUAGACUGAGAUACAGUGCUCAGGAUUUCAAGAGUGCAAAGAGGAUCUUCCCAAAACUGUACUCGCAGCUGAUCUGUAUUUAAGUGCCGACUAAACAAAUACAGUGGAAUAAUGUGGAAAUUGUGUGUGUGUUUAUGUGUUUUUGCAUGGUGCUUGCAUGCUAUGCCUCUCAGAAAAAACAACAGCUUAGGAUGCAACAAGUUGUUGCUCGUCUCCUUUGAUGGCUUCAGGUGGGAUUAUGACAGGGACGUGGAAACGCCACACCUGGACCAAAUGGCUGUAGACGGGGUAAAAGCCCCUUACGUGACGCCGGCCUUUUUUACCAUGACCAGUCCUACUCACUUUACAAUACUUACAGGGAAAUACAUUGAGAAUCAUGGCGUGAUACAUAACAUGUGGUUCAACACCAGCACAACUGAGAAAAAGCCCUACUACCAAACGCAGUUUGUGAACGAGUGGUGGGAUAAUGGCAGCCUGCCCAUAUGGAUCACUGCUCAAAGACAGGGUCUUCAAGCCGGCUCACUUCACUUCCCUGGCACAGCUUCAACUUAUGAUGGGGAAAAAGCAGUUGUAUCUGAAGUGGAGCCUCGCUUCUAUAACUACAGCAAUGAGACAGCGUGGCAGCAGAACAUUGACAAGAUCCUGGGCGUCUGGUUCACAGAAAAAAAACUGGACUUUGUGUCCUUGUAUUUUGGUGAACCAGACAGUACUGGACACAAAUAUGGCCCAGACUCAGACCAGCGAAGGGAGAUGGUGAAACAGGUGGACCGAACAGUGGGCUACUUGAGAACUUCAGUCGAGAACAAUAACUUGACCCAGUGCCUCAAUAUCAUCAUCACUGCCGACCACGGCAUGACCACAGUGCAUCGUGGCAGUGGCGUAAACGAGAUUGUACUGUACAAGAUCCCAGGAUUCUCUUUCCAAGAUUUAGACUUCCAUCUGGUAGACUAUGGGCCAUCUGGUUUGCUUCUCCCUAAAGAAGGAAGGCUAGAAAAAGUGUACAAUGCCCUGAAGGGUGCUCAUCCACACCUUCAUGUGUACAAGAAAGAAGAAAUGCCUCCCAGGCUGCACUUUGGCAAAAAUGACCGCAUAUUACCCAUCAUACUAUGGGCUGACUUGGGAUACGUCAUUAACGGGUACUUUCCAGUGCAGACCAACAAAGGAGAGCAUGGCUUUGACAAUGGAGAUAUGGACAUGAAGCCAUUCUUCCGUGCUGUGGGACCUGCCUUCCGAAAGAAUCUUAUAGUGGAGCCAUUUGAGACAGUACACAUAUACUCAUUGAUGUGCCACCUGCUGGGUAUCACACCCGAUCCCAACGAUGGACACCUGAAUGCCACACGUGCCAUGCUGCUCUCCUCUGAAGAACGGGGUUCUGCUGAUAAUAAUAACUCUAUUAUGACCAGAGUGUUCAUUGGCUUCGGGGCUGUCAGUGGUUUUCUGCUGAUCGUGUUUGUUGUUGUGGUGACCCACAGCAUCAUUAAGCGGCGGAAGCAAAUACAGAGAGCUGUCACUUGUGAAAAGUCUGACAGUGACGACAAGAAACAAACAUCAUUUUAGCUUUAUGUUGUAUUCAUUCUUUUUGCACAAUUCAAUGGACCAAAUAAACAAAGAAGCCCCUGUGCCAUUCACCUACCAAGAUCUAAAAUGUUCAUACACAUGCAAAAUAUGGAUAUGUUUAAUGUGUUUAUACACAAUGUAUACGACCGUUCAUUUCAAUAUAUUUCAAGGAGUAUUUUCCUAAUGUUAAAUUAAAUACAUUUUCUGUGUUA